AUGGCAACCUUCUCCAGCCGCAUCUCCAUGUCCUCCGGAUCAUCCAUCGCAGGGGGGAUCUCUGGGCUCUCCCUGUCCGGAGGAGGAGCUCGCAUGAGCGUCAUGCGGGCCGGCAGUGUGUACGGCGGAGCUGGAGGAGCUGGAGUUCGCAUAUCCAGCGCUGGCGCAGGGUUUGGCGCUGGCGCUGGCGCAGGCUUCGGUGGUGGCGCAGGGUUCGGGUUCGCUGCUGGCGGCGGCGGCGGCGGUGGCUUCAGCAUGGCCGCUGGUGGCGGAGCUUUUGAGGCCGUUGUUGGCAACGGGAAAUUCACCAUGCAGAACCUCAACGACCGACUGGCCGCCUACCUGGUCAAGGUGCAGACCCUAGAGAAGGCCAACGCCGAGCUGGAGCUGAGGAUCAGACAGUUCAUGGAGGCUAGGAUCGGCCCUGCUACGCAUGACUUCUCUGGCUUCAUGGUCACCAUCAGUGACCUCCAGACCAAGAUUAUGGGAAUCAUCAGUGUUAAGGGAGGAGUUGUCCUGGGUAUUGACAACGCCAAACUGGCUGCCGAAGACUUCAGAGUCAAAUUUGAGGCAGAGCAGGCCAUGCGUCUCUCUGUGGAGGCUGACAUCCUUGGACUCAGGAGGGUCCUGGAGGACCUCACCCUCUCCAAAUCCGACCUCGCCAUGCAGAUAGCGGCCAUUCAGGAGGAGCUCGCCUUCCUGAAGAAGAGCCAUCAAGAGGAUCUCCUGGUUCUUCGCGCACAAGCCGGCAGCACAGUAAACGUGGAGGUGGACGCUGCUCCUCAGGAAGAUCUCAUGGCAGUCCUGGCCGGCGUCCGUGAACACUACGAGGCUGUGGCCGUCAAGAACAAAAAGGAACUGGAGGGCUGGUUCCAGGCCAAGUCGGAAGCGCUCAGCAAAGAAGUCCUCACAAGCACAGCUGUCCUCCAGACGUCCUCCUCGGAAGUCACGUCCAUCAAGAGCACAGUGCAGGCGCUACAGAUCGAGCUGCAAGGCCUCGUUAGCAUGAAAGCGUCCAUGGAAGCCACCCUGGCAGAGACCCAGACCCGCUACGCUAGCAUGCUGGGCGGAUACCAGAUACAGGUGACCAGCCUGGAGGAACAACUCGCUGCCCUCCGCAGCGACCUUGAGCGCCAGGGCUACGAGUACUCGAUGCUGCUGGACAUCAAGACCAGACUGGAGAUGGAGAUCGCCGAGUACAGAAGACUGCUCGACGGAGACGCAUACGCGGCCUCUUCGUACUCAACUGUCUCGUCCUCAUCAUUAUCGACAUCAUCAGCAGCAGCAUCAGCAGCAGUGGUAGAGGUAGCAGCAGCAGCAGCAGAAGCAGAGACCGUGUCCACAACACGUACCAGAGUGGUGACAGUGGUGGAAGAGAUCGUUGAUGGACAGGUUGUGUCGUCAUCCACCUCCUCCUCCCUCAUCGGCGGCUCCGAAUUGAGUCUAGAAGCCCAAAGCUGAUCCACAACUUGCCUGCUUAUUGACACAAGACAGGUAUAACCUGCAAUGUCAAG